AUGAAUAAAUUCGUGCACGUUCAAAGCAUCACACGUAAUAUUAUCGUCAAUUGUACCAAAGUCUUUAUUUAUACAUAUUUUUUCGAAAGUAUUGUGGAAAAUCGUUUAAAUAUGCCGAGACAGUUUAAACGGAAUAAUGUUUGGAGCAAAAAAUAUCAGGGAAGACAAUAUGAUGAACAUGACGACCGUGACCGUAACCCGUCGGAUAUCACAAUUCGAAAGCCAAACAAAGGUGGAAAUCGUCGUGUCAGUUUCAAGACAGGGGUUGUUGCUGCGAGCAAACUGAACCUAAAAAGGGGCAAUAUUGAGCAGGGAAUCCGUGCCCAACUCGAAGAAGAUGAUGAACGAAUGGUUGACUUCGAUCCAAGCAAAGCAAGCACAUUCCGUCGACGCAACUCUCCGAUUCCAGGAUCAGCUCGCAAUAAAACGAAGGGGCUCGUUGAAAAUGGUUCGGGAUGGUUUCAAGUGACCAUUCCACACGGCAACAAAUAUGAUAAAGAUUUCGUUUUAAAGUCGUUGCUCAACGCCAUUUCGCCAGAGAUAUUCAUACCGCAUUAUUGGAAUGUUGAAACACAGUCUGUAUCGUUCUACAUUGACGAUUUCAAGAUGGCCAAAAUUUUGGCAAACGUUGAUAGAACCAUCGAAAUGCCAAAUGGCUUCAAAUUGAUUGUAAAAGUACGCAAUGGAAUUCCACCGGUCAAGCUGGAUGCAAACACACGCGACCGCAUGAAAUUGGCGAUGGCAAAACGUUAUAAUGCUGCAACCAAAGCCCUAGAUUUAACACAAUUCCAUUUGGAUGUCGAUUUACGUGACAUUUACUGUGGCUUGUCACGGGCACCGAUUUUUGCAGCAGCCUCCGACAUCAUCACAGAGAAUAUUUCCGACUUGGAGGCUCUAAAUUUGGACGGAAACAAAAUCUACACAUUGGAAAUGUUCAGAAAUUUGAUGAACAAAUUGCCGAACCUGAAAAUUUUAUACCUGUCAAACAACAAGAUUCAGUCGGCAAAUACUUUGGAACCAUUGAAGAACUCAAACAUCAUCGACCUCGUACUGAAAGGAAAUCCCAUUUGCGAUCGUUUGCGCGACGAAAAUGUCUACAAAAGAGAGGUACGAAAACGAUUGCCGAAGUUACAAAAAUUGGAUGGCAUUGAAUUACCAGCCCAAAUCGGUUUCGAUAUUGAAACUGAAGAUUCAAAUAAAAUGCCACCAGCAAAAGCAUCCUUUUUGGUCGAUCAAGCUGGUGCUGAAAUUGUGCGCCAGUUUCUACAACAAUACUUUGCGGUAUUCGAUUCGGACAACCGUCAACCACUAUUGGACGCUUACCACGAAAAUGCCAUGUUCUCACUGAGUUGUACAUAUCAUCCAAAUCCUGAUCACCGAUUGGUCAACUAUUUGCCACAUAGCCGAAAUUUGCUUCGUGUCAAAGACCCAGAAAAGCGGAUAACAUUGCUCAAAUGUGGACGAUUACCUGUGGUUUCAUUUUUGUCAGAAUUGCCGAAGAGCGAGCACGAUCCACAGUCAUUUGCUGUCGAUUUAACAUUGUUUACGCCUGCUCUGAUAAUGCUCACAGUGACGGGAAUAUUCCGUGAAAAACAGUCUGGUUCAACUACAAUUCGAAAUGAUUUACGUUCGUUCCAUCGUUCGCUAGUAAUUGUACCGAUGGGCGGAGGAUUCUGUAUAAAAAAUGACAUUCUCCACGUUACCCAGCUCACGAUGGCCCAAGUCAAAACGGCAUUCAAACCGAUCGCACCAGUGCCUGUGACAACGGGGCCAAUUCAACCGCCAGUCGUUCCAACGCCAACAAGUGCACUCAACACAAGUCUACCGCCAGACGAUGCAACGAAACUUCAAAUGAUUGAGGCUAUGGCACAGCUCAGCCAAAUGAACGCCGAAUGGAGUCGAAAAUGCUUGGAAGAAACCAACUGGGAUUUCCAACGAGCUGGAUUUGUUUUCACCGAACUCAACAAACAAAACAAAAUACCACCGGAAGCAUUCAUUAAAUAAAUUUGAUGUCAAAGAUCGGUCAAAUUUCAAAGUGUGCACAGGAGAGAAUAAAUUGCUUGUCAGUUUUGAAGCAUAAAAUCCAAAUGUACAAUGGAUUUUGCUCCAAUCUUUAUACGUGUAUAAGAAAAGAGAAAUAUGAAUUAAUAUUUGAAAUAAUCAUUAAGCAAUGCAAUUUAUAUGAAAAGACUUAUAAUAGAAAACAACCUUUGCUUUUACUAUCGUGCAAGCUUCAGUUGAAGUUGUCAUUGAAUAAAAACUGUAUAUUUAAUUAUAGGCAAAUACAACAACACAACACACAACAACAACAAAAAAAAAACAAAUAAAAUGAAAUGUAAAUAUAAAA